GAGGCAGCUCUGGUCGAAGGGAGAUCCUGCUGUGCAGCCUGCUGCUGUGCAAGAACUGCAGGGGCACUUGGGCUGCCAUCCGUUUGGGGCACCAGCGAUGAACUCGUUAUCGUGGGGGCGCUGCGUAAAGGAUUAAAAGCAAUGGCCAAUAAUCCAGCUCAUAUUUAUGUGCUGUGGAAUUGCAUCCGUGUAUGGCUACCUGAUGGCACUGGUGGAGACGCCUAUAUUUUACCCAUAUGCAACGUGGCUCCAGUUCAACUCCUGCCUUCCAGCCGCGAUCAUCCCAGCCUGCAGGAGAGCAGCAGAUGGCCUCAGCACAGCCAUCUCAGGAGCCCGUGAGCUUUGCGGAGGUGGCCGUGCAUUUCAGCAGGGAGGAGUGGGCGCUGCUGGACCCUGCGCAGCGAGCGCUGUACCGGGACGUGAUGCUGGAGACGUACCAGUGCCUGGCCUCGCUGGGUCCACUUCCAGCCCCCAAACCUGCCGUGAUCUCCCUGCUUGAAAGAGGGGGCAACCCCUGCAUCCCAGAUGUGCGCAGCCCUGAGGCGCUGUCAGAACUCAGCCCAGCAGGAGCUGAGAUCACAAAUCUAAAGAAGGGUCUGCAGAAAAGUGGUGUGGCCAAAAGGCGGAGAGGCCGCGGCUCCGUGGGAAGGAUCAGAAAGGAUGUCCAGGGGCGCCUGGAGCAAGCGGGGCGCUUCAAGAAGCCCCUGGGAAAGCAUCCAGGAGAGAGGCCGAGGAAGCCUGUGGAUUUCAGCACAGGUCCAAAGCAGACUGAAGACCUGAGGAGCAAGGAAGCGGGCCAGAAGAAGCUGAAUCUGCGUGUGUUGCGUAGGAAAAGCCUUAAAAGGUGUGCCAACCUGGUUAACCGCCAGCGCAAGCGCUCUGGGAAGAGCCAGUACAAGUGCUUUGAUUGUGGAAGGAGCUUCAGAUGGAGAUCCAAAUUCACCCAGCACCGGCGCGUCCACACAGGAGAGAGGCCCUUCCAGUGCCCUGAGUGUGGGAAGAGCUUCCAAAGGACUUUCCAGCUCACAGUGCACCAACGCGUCCACACAGGAGAGAGGCCCUUCCAGUGCUCCGAGUGUGGGAAGAGCUUCAAAAGUCAUUCCGAGCUGAAGUUCCACCAGAGAGUCCACGCGAGAGAGAACCUCUGUGAGUGCUCAGAGUGUGGGAAGGGCUUCAAGAGCAGUUCCAACCUCAGGGUGCACCAGCGCAUCCACACGGGAGAGAGGCCCUACGAGUGUCCUGAGUGCGGCAAGAGCUUCAAAGGGAGUUCCCAGCUCGCUGUGCACCGGCGCAUCCACACUGGAGAGAGACCCUAUGAGUGCUCCGAGUGUGGGAAGAGCUUCAAAAGGAGCUCCCACCUCACCUACCAUCAGCGCGUUCACACCGGUGAGAGACCCUUUAAGUGUCCUGAGUGUGGCAAGGGCUUCAAAACCAGUUCCAACCUCGCCAUGCACCAGCGCAUCCACACAGGGGUGAAGCCCUUUAAGUGCUCCGAGUGUGGGAAGGGCUUCAAAAGCAUUUCUGAAUUGAAGCAGCACCGGGGCGUCCACAAAGGAGAGGAAUCCUUGAAGUGUCUCGAAUGCGGGGAGAGCUUCGAAAGCAGUUUCGACUUGAGGGUGCACCAGCGCACCCACAUCGCAGACAGACCCUUUAAGUGCUCCGAGUGUGGCAAGAGCUUCAGAAGGAAUUCCCAGCUCACUUUCCACCGGCGCAUCCACACCGGAGAGAGACCCUUUAAAUGCUCCGAGUGUGGGAAGAGCUUCAAAAGGAAUUCCUACCUCACCUACCAUCGGCGCAUUCACACCACAGAGAGACCCUUCAAAUGCUCUGAGUGUGGCAAGAGCUUCAAGAGCGGUUCCAACCUCAGAGUGCACCAGCGCAUCCACACGGGGGUGAGACCCUUUAAGUGCUCCGAGUGUGGGAAGGGCUUCAAAAGGAGUUCCUACCUCACCUACCAUCAGCGCAUCCACACCGGAGAGAGACCCUUCAAAUGCUCUGAGUGUGGGAAGAGCUUCAGGAGGAAUUCCUACCUCACCUACCAUCAGCGCGUUCACACCAGUGAGAGACCCUUUCAGUGCCCUGAGUGUGGCAAGGGCUUCAAAACCAGUUCCAACCUCGCCAUGCACCAGCGCAUCCACACGAGGGUGAAGCCCUUUAAGUGCUCCGAGUGUGGGAAGGGCUUCAAAAGCAUUUCUGCGUUGAAGCGCCACCGGGGCGUCCACAAAGGAGAGGAAUCCUUGAAGUGUCUCGAGUGUGGCAAGAGCUUCAAGAGCAGCUCUAAUUUCAGCUGCCACGCAUGCGUCCACGAAGCAGGCAGACUGUAGAAGCGCCCCAGUUUUGUGAGAACCGUCCAGCCUCGUUAGCUGUCUGCACAGGAUGCAGAGCCUGCAGCACUCCAGGCUCUCCAGAGCUCCUCAGCCUUCAAAUCAGAGUAGGGCCUUUGAUUUCAGACACUGUGUCUCUCUCUCUCUCUCUCAUUUUAUUUAAUUGCUCUCAAUUCCUAUUGUAUUGUGUUGUAUUCUGUUAUCUAGCAAUCCGAUAUCAAAUUAAGUUUCCUCCUUAGAUUGUUGGCGCUGUUCUGUUUCUUAUGGGCCCAGCUCCCUUCUCCCAACCUUCCCCCUUCUCCCUUCCCCUUUUUUUGGGCUGGUAAGCCUUCCGUAACAGGGGGACAUCAGGCCACAGCGGAGGGAAGGGAAGGGGAGCGGAGGGGAGUUGAGAGGAGGCAAGGCAAGGCAAGGCAAGGCAAGGC